AUGUCUCAAACUAAAGAUUCUAACGUCCCAGAGGUAACUGAAGAAAUUGAAACCAAGGAAAAUGUAAAUUCUAAAGCCCCGGGGGAAACCGGAGAUCGCCAAAUUCUAAGAGAAACAUUCUACUUUGUCGAAUUAAGAAAAAAGUUUAGAAAAUGGGAGAUGCUUCAGUCUUUGUCUUAUAUGAAUUUAAUUAUUACUACUAUCGUAUGCUUGGCCUCACUUGUGGUCGGCAUUUUCCUUUACAUCUCGUCGAAAAAUAGCCAAAAGUCAUCGGCCAGGAAUAUACUUUCGGCAUGUUUUUCCGGUGCAGUAAGCACGUUUAGUCUCACAGGAAGUCUGAUAGCUCUUAAGAGUUUAACCUUCAAGAGCAAAUUGGAUACUAUAAAUAAACUAUAUGCCGAAGAGUAUGAGUUGAAAAUUACUCGAAACAAAGAUAAUUGGACACAGAACUUAAAGAAAAAACAACUGAAUAAAUUAAAUCAUCAAGAGAAAGAAAUUUAUGCACGAUUAGAAUUAUAUUUCAUGGCAAAACUGGUUAAACACAUGCGACGUAUGUUGAUCUUUCGGUUUAUGUGGGCUAUUAUAUUUUCAAUGAUUCUCACUGCGCUAGCAGCAUUAUCCGUCUAUACAUUACUUACCGACAAUAAUGAAGAUAUAUUUAGGAUUAUUGACGAAUUUCUUAUCGUUGUUUCUUCAGUAUUUCUAGUGAUUAUCUUAUAUAUUUUCUUUCUAACCAAAAUAAUUAUUCCACGGUUGGUGCAAGAACUAGAUGAUAGUCAGCAAUUCCAGGACAAAAUCAAAAUCAUAGACUUAUUCCGUAGCAAAAAAUCCAAAACAUUUUAUCUUCUUUUAUUAUUGUUUGGAAUUCAGAUAUUGGUGUUUUCUUACUUUCUUGGCAUGAUUUUGAUUAGAAGGUUCGAGAUAAGAAGAACUAAACUGACUGUGUCGGAGAUGGAUAGCAUCAUAGAACUUCUUUACGUUUCCGGAAUCUCCAAGGACGAUUCUUAA